AGUACUCAAAAAUGGCAACGACGGGUGUUAGAAGUUCGUGCUUCUGCUUUAAGAUAGCCGGAAUGAUAUUCUGUGCUGCAAACUGUAUAUUUAUCUACGUGCCAGGAAGUAUUCCAAUCGAUAAAGAAAAUAUCUACUAUCUUAGAGAUAUUGUAGCAGUUGCAUGUAUGACGUUCUUUCUUGUUGAAGUGGUGUUGGGAAUUGCAGCCUUAUUAGGUUCAUGUCCCCGGGUCGUUCAGCUAUUUAUGUUAUUCUUCGGGGCAAUUUUUAAUGUAAUUUCUGGAUCGUUUUGUUUUGUUAUAUACGAAAAAGAAAAAUUUGGUCCCGAUGCAUCGCCUUUACCAAUCGCAAUGGGAAUAAUAGCACUAUUUACAGCGGCUAUUAUGAUCGCCGACGCCGGUAGGGAAUACGUAAAUAAACGGCUCGAUUAGUUGGAAAA